UAAGAGGCUGGGGGGAAUUUGCCGGCGAGGCAACCGCUAGUGAUGUCAGCCCUCGCCUAAAAUAGAGAGAGUCUGCAAAUCCACAGUUAAACCUUCCAAUCCAGCCUCAGCCGACACCAUGGCAAUGUGAAAUCACCCACCGCUCCACAACGCGUUUAUACACAACACAACCCCCCCCCUUCCUCCAAUCGCUCUCUCUCUCUCUCUCUCUCUCGCAGACACACACACACUCCAGUAGCUCUCCGGGUGAGAGUAGAAAGCGAAGAAUCAAAGCCCUGGCAUUUCCAUUGCUUCAGCCUUGCCGUUUCCCCAUUGACCGUAGUCUUCCCCCACGGGGGGUGGUGGGCUUUUGGAUUUCCCCCUUCCUCACUCCCCCUCCCCUCUCGUUCGCACUCCCCUUCUCCAUCAAGACAUUCAAGCUUCCAGAAGACGUUGAGAAAUUUCUCUCCAAGCCAGAAGGAGGAGGAGGAGGAAGAAGUGGCGGCGGCGGCGGCUUUGCUCUUCAGAGCGCAGCUUCUUGGAUGCUGGCCUUUCAGAGCCGGGAGGAUUAUACAAGGCAGGAAUCGCCUGGAGUCCCCGACACCCAACGAUAAGACAGAAGGGAGCGCCUUGGCUCUUCCCCGCUGAAAGCGGCCGCGCUUUGUUGAAGCCCCCAGAUUUCUGGAGAAGAUAAGCGAGGGGGGCUCGCACAGCACGAUGGCAUCGACGGAAGGUGCCAACAAUAUGCCAAAGCAGGUAGAAGUACGAAUGCAUGAAAGCCAUAUGAGUCCAGUGGAACAUCAACCGAAGAACCUCUGUGUACGACUCUUGCUUUCACUCAGAAAAAAUCUGCUCCUUUCACUUACUGUAUUUGGUGUCAUUAUGGGAGCAUUAUGUGGAAUGCUCCUUCGCAUGGCAGCUCCUAUUAAUCCUGAUGUCGUCAUGUUGAUAGCCUUCCCCGGAGAUAUUUUGAUGCGGAUGUUGAAAAUGUUGAUCCUCCCUUUAAUUAUUUCAAGUUUAAUCACAGGGCUGUCUGGACUAGAUGCUAAGGCCAGUGGUCGAUUAGGGACGAGAGCUAUGGUAUAUUAUAUGUCCACAACAAUCAUUGCUGCUAUCCUGGGAGUGAUCUUGGUGUUAGCUAUUCAUCCUGGCAAUCCAAAACUCAAGAAGCAGCUGGGAGAAGGAAAGAAGAAUGAUGAAGUAUCCAGUCUUGAUGCCUUCUUGGAUCUUAUUCGAAACUUAUUCCCUGAAAAUCUUGUGCAAGCAUGUUUUCAACAGAUUCAAACAGUUACCAAAAAAGUGCUCAUGCCGCAAGAAGUGGAAGAACCAUCUAAUGUUACAGAUUCUAUCUUUACCAUCAUGAAUGAAACAGAAGUUACUCCAGAGCCUCAACUUAUUGUUAAGAAGGGCCUUGAGUUUAAGGAUGGAAUGAAUGUCUUAGGCCUCAUUGGAUUUUUCAUUGCUUUUGGUAUUGUAAUGGGCAAGAUGGGAGAACAAGCCAAGAUGAUGGUGGAUUUCUUCAAUAUCUUGAAUGAGAUCGUAAUGAAGUUAGUAAUUAUGAUCAUGUGGUAUUCUCCAUUGGGAAUUGCCUGCCUCAUUUGUGGAAAAAUCAUUGCAAUCAAGGAUUUGGAAGUAGUUGCUCGACAACUUGGCAUGUACAUGGUAACCGUGAUUGUAGGUCUUCUCAUCCAUGGAGGGAUUUUUUUGCCUCUGUUGUAUUUUGUAAUUACAAGAAAAAAUCCCUUCUCAUUUUUUGCUGGAAUCUUUCAAGCAUGGAUCACUGCUCUAGGCACAGCUUCAAGUGCCGGUACAUUGCCUGUUACUUUUCGCUGCCUUGAAGAAAAUUUGGGCAUUGAUAAGCGUGUGACAAGAUUUGUCUUGCCUGUUGGAGCCACUAUUAAUAUGGAUGGAACUGCUCUUUAUGAAGCAGUGGCUGCCAUCUUCAUAGCACAGAUGAAUGGCAUUGUGUUGGACGGCGGACAGAUAGUCACUGUCAGUUUGACAGCCACCCUUGCCAGUGUUGGAGCUGCAAGUAUACCGAGUGCAGGACUGGUGACCAUGCUUCUUAUCCUCACUGCAGUAGGACUUCCCACCCAGGAUAUAAGUUUACUUGUGGCAGUAGAUUGGCUCUUAGAUCGAAUGAGAACAUCUGUCAAUGUAGUAGGAGAUUCCUUUGGAGCUGGCAUUGUUUAUCAUCUAUCCAAGGCAGAAUUGGAAAACAUCGAUGCCCAUCACAAGAUACAUGAGGAUUUUGAAAUGACCAAGACUCAGUCAAUUUACGAUGAUCUGAAAAAUCACACGGAAAGCAACUCAAACCAAUGUGUUUACACAGCUCACAACUCUGUCAUAAUAGAUGAAUGCAAGGUAACCUUGGCAACUAAUGGCAAAUCUGCAGACUUCAAUGCUGUUGAAGAAGAACUUUGGAAACAUGAGAAAUAAGGUGGAAACACUCCAGGUCCAUCUUGAAUAAGUCCCUGAAGCUGUCUUUUGGUAAAGCAGAUAUCAAGAUCCAAGAUUUUCCACUGUUUUCAUUUAGCAUAGAAAUGUGCUUACUUAAUGCUGUUAACUGAAGCUUAGAAGUGGUCUUGUGAAGUCUUUGCUCUUCUAGUUUCUUGGCCAAAUAAUUUAUCUUAUUAUUUGUUUGGAUGUAAGAGAGAUCAUUGGUUGGGUUUCUUCCUUCUGUUCAAAACAUAGAAAAUGUAGGGAUUUAAAGAAGAAAGAUUUUUAAAGGCCACAAUAUAGCUGAUUUGCUUCAGGGAUUAUAUGUUUAGCAUUAAGUAUAGUGUACAUCAUGCAGAAUCUCCCUCCUGUUGAAUAUGUGAAUCUAUAUCUUGGUGCAUACUGAACACAGUGAACACGUUAUACAAGACAUUAUUUCUGAAAGGCUUUUCAUGUGCUUUAUUUUGCAUAUGGUUUUCUUCAGUUCCCUUUUCUACAAGCUGUCUUAAAAUAAGUGAUCUACCUAAAUUCCAGUUGUGAACUCCAGUGAGUGCCAAUACAUGAAAAAGGUAUUUUUAAUAAUAAAAACUUCAUCUCUCCAUUUUAGCUCUAUAAACAAUCAACCCUUUUGAGAUCAGAAGGCAGGUUAUAGUUUUUGCAUAACUCAGUUGGAUAAAUUUAUGAUCAUGGGUUGAUAUCCCUGUGGAACGUCCUUCCAGUAGGCAAAUUUGUGACACUGGAAUUAAACAAAUGACAUGUUUGCACAGCUAACAAUCCAUGCCAGGAAGUAUGCUCACUUCUCUGGGAAGAUAUUCAAAGUUAGCAGAAUCUUAAUACAUCUAUAAAAGCAGAAAAUCUUCAUAUUUGUCUGGAUCCAGCAGCAUCGAGAAAUCACAGGAAUCCUUAUGCAGUAGUUUAUCAGACUAAAGCUAACCCAGUGCCAAUAGCUCAGCAUACACCCUUCUGUUCUCCCCAGUGAUAUCUUACUGCCUCUUUGUUGAGACUGGAGAGUGCGUCUUUUUAGGGAAGAUAUCAUCUGCUAAUUCUUUUGUUAUUCCUUUUCCUCAGAAGAAAUAAGCUAUAUUUAGCACGAAUAUUGCUGUACAACAUCAGUUAGUUAUUUAGUCAGGGCUAAGAUAUUUUCCUGUAAAUAUUAGAUAUCUUCCCACCCAAUAUGUUGAAGCUUAAUUAUAUUAAGUAAUUUGAACAAAUUAGUUUUGACAAAUAUCAGUUCAUUUCUCUAGAGUGUUUUAUUUUUUUAUUUGCUACGGUAUUCAAAAUGUGAUUAUUUCUUUGCCACAAUGUCGUAGAAGAACAAAUCCUGCAAAGUGAGGCCAAUUUAAUAUCUGAUAACUCUUUUCAGAAUAGUGUUAUUCUCUAUAGAAAUAUGAAAAGAUCAGACAAAGCUAUGUUUCUUCUUUUUGUUCCAGUGUAUUAAAUAAUUGGCCCUGGUGAGAUCAGAAAUUUGGAUGUAACUCCCACAUCCACAUCUAUAUUUCUCUUUCUCUUAUUUUUGGUGAACUCUAUAGGCAGUAUAAUUUAACUCAGAAAGACAAAGGAUAGUUAUAAGGAAAGCACACCUCUAACAUAUCCUUUUCAAGUCAGGUCUGGCACAGGAAAAAAAAAGAGAACUCUUAAAUUUUACACAGAUGAGCACUAUAUCCCUAUGGAGAAGUACAUUUGUGGCUAUCACAUGUUGGUGCAAUUUUUUUUUUAAUGGGCAAUCCAAACUGAAGCGCUUCACAUUAUAUUUCCCCCUCACUUUGAAGUAGUGAAGUACUGACCACUAAUAUAAGCAUAGGUUCCCUUGUAUGGGUAUACUUUUUGAAAUGCUAAUUGAAAAUAAGUCACCACUCUGAGAAGGAAGCUCUCAAGCUAAAGUAAAAAGAAAUUGUAAUUUUGCAACUGGAGAUUUCUGAUAUUUACACAGGAAAAAAAAGCCCUGUGUAGGAUUUGGGAAAACAUUUUUUUUUGGAUGUUUCAUAACUCAGGGAAUUUCUGCUUCUUAAAAACAAAGCCACCCUUUACUUACAAUCAGGGACAUUCAUGGGAAGGGGUCAAAAAAGUCAAUAUGGCCUUGUAAUUAAAACCCUACAUCUUUGUUAUGUGCAUGGCUAUAUAACAACAUAACAGGGAGAGGUGACCAGUCUUGCUCAGCAUUUGACUCCUGAGUGAAUUCUAAUGCUCUGUAUUCUGCUGUGGUAACCAACAAAUUUAACAAACUUCCACAGCUUUCCAUUUCACAGUAGAAAACUGAACCUUAACUGUUAUCCCACCUUCUUUAUCCAGGGUAACUAGUUUCUGAAUUUCCAAAAGAAAGAUGCAGAAGGAUUUUGCUAGUUUAUAAGCAUUGCUCGUUUGGGUGAACAUGCUUUUCAUUUGCAAAUGCAAAAUAUAAUUAACAAUUCCACUCAGUAUUUUUUUUCUUAGUAGUUGAAGUUUUCCUCCAUAUUAAUACCUCCAUUGUUGGCAACAUUCAUUAUGAAUGAUUAAUAAUUAACUAUUAAAAUAAUACUUAAGCAUUUCUGCAAUUUAAUCCCUGAUGUGCAAUAAUUUAUUUCUUGCCUGUACAACCAUGACAUGUGAUAGCUACCUAGAGACUCAGCAAAAGAAAACAAUUAGGAAUUUAAUUUAUAGAAAAUUAUUUUGCACCAGCACUUUGCACUUCGUUCAGGUCCAGUUUGUUAAUUUGCAUUAGCAAAGCCAGCCUUUCUUUUAAUUGGGUGUAAUUUCUUGAUUAGAUAAAAAGGGGGAUCUGAACAAGCAAAAUGCCAUUUAUCUGAUAUGGCAUUGCAAACCUGAAAAAUUCUGGCCGCCUUGAAGAGAAAAAUCUUCCCAUUAUUCCAUUCCUGGUAUGGUUUGAUUCAUGGAGUUCAACAGAAUGAUCAUUUGUUUUCUUUAUGGUGCUACUAUAUGCUCCCCACUCUUUAAAACCAACUGUAAGUAUAUAUUCAUAAGACCCCUGAAGUAAGUUACAGCAGUGCUGACAAAAAAAUAUUACAUUUGCAUGCAUGAGAAAACAUUUGUUUUUAACCCUUUUUUAUCAAUAAGAUCUCUUCUUAGCAAGAUGCAAUGUCUUCUAUCUCACUUGUAGAUGUUUGUUCGAAUCUCUAGAUACUCUUCAGCUUUUUAAAGUAUCUUUUAAUGUUUAACAUGAGGAAUAUUUUUGCACUUAUCUUUCACCCAUCUACUGUAUAUUUCUCUUAUUGCUAAAAAUGGUUAUGAAGAUUAAUAUAAAAAUCUUUAUCAAAUACAAAACCCCAAAAGACUGGGUCUUUCACAGCCCAGUAUAGUGUGGAAUGUCAGGACUGCUCUUUUAUAUGCAUCCUCUUUACUUUUCAAAAUUUUAUCCCUUGCUAGUGAGGCUGAUUGUGCAAAGUCAGAGAAGACAGACAUUGCAACUUUGAUAAACUUAAAUUCAAACUAUUAAGAAUAUGUACCUUGCAUCUAGGGUUGCAUUUUUUACACAUCUGCCGUUCCACCAAGCCUAAUGCUAAUUGGUGGUUAAUCUAUUCACAUCUGAUUCUAUUCCUUUGACUGUACGUUUCUAAACUGAGUUCAUAAGUAUAUGAAAUUAUACUUAUAUAAUUUCAUGCUUUGAUGCUCACAGUAUUCUUACUCUUACUUCAUGAUAGGGAUCAUCCUAUCAUGUUUUAACUAAACAAAAUCAUACGUGCACUUGCUGCCUUUUUUGCAGCAAUACUGAAGAAUUUGGCCCUAGAGACCCUAACAUUUGUUAACUCUAAUAGUGGAAAAUCUCAUACUGUGAGGUUUUACCCAAGAAGGUGAAGAAAAGCCCCAUUUCUGAUGAGAAUCUAGAAUCGGAAUCAUUAGAAUUCUGACGUUAUACAUUGGAGAACUUGUAUGUUACAGAUUUACAGAAUUCAGACCUCCCUCAUUCUCUGAACAUGUAGGGUGGAAUAGAGAACCAAUUUUUUUUUUUAAAAAAAAAUGACCCAUGCCAGUAUCCCCGUUAACCAUGAUGCCUAUAAAUGCCAAACCAACAUCUAGAAAACAUGACUUUUCUGUCUUUUAUUCUCUCCCCUCAUCCCCAAACAAUAGGAAAGUUUAUUACUGAACUCAUUUUUUCCCAACUUUAUCCACAUGUUUAAUAUUGCACUUCACAGACUGCUAGGGUAAUAUUUUAUUAGACAUAAUCAAAAAUCAGAAGAUCCACAUUUUUUUUAGCUAUGUGGAAACUCCCAUCUUUUAAGCAGAGGGAGGUGAUUGAUUAAGCUGAGCUCUUGCUGAAAAAAGAAAGCUAUUUGGAAUUAGAUUCAAUUUAUAGCACUGAUUGCCUCAAGUAAAGCCUGUAAAUCAUGUUUUAGAUAUACCAUCUUUCACAUUAGAAAACAAUGUAUUGUAUAUAACUUAAAUACUUCCUCUGAAAAUUAUAUUUUACUUUGCUAUAACUUUGACACCUUGUUUUCAGAGCUAGUGGAGUGGGUUUAAUCAGUGCUAUAGAUCUCAACUUUCCAUUAUCUUUAUUUCAAAGCUGCUUCUUCAAUUUUUUAUUGACUACUGUAACAAAAUUCCUUCCUAAUGUGUGAAUGGUAAUUUAUGGAAUGCACAAGGUGUAUUUCUACUUAUACUAAUUUAGCUAUUUAUUCUUCUGCAACCAUGAUAUACAAUAUAGAAUGAAUUAACUUAUUUCUGGCACCUGUAAUUUACAGACAAUUGCAGGGGUUAUUUUCUUAUACCAUUUGCAGACAGUUAUUUUAUUAUACAAUCAUAUAACCAGGCAAGAAGAAAAUGCUAUAAUCCUUUUAAGGAAGAUUCUUUUGUAACAAACUCUGAUAAAUAAAAUUUGUGACUGGGUUCAUGCAACACAUUAAGCCAUUGUAUCAGUGGGUUGGUUUUGACCUAGCACAACAUACGAACUCAGCUCUUGUGGCUUGUAAACCAUGAUUUAUAGCUGAGCAGUAUAUAAAGCAGGCCACUACAGCUUGUUCCACAAACCAUGGUUAAAAUAAACUAUGACUUGUGUGACAUAUGAAACCAGCCACUGUUAUGUUAUGUUAAAUUAACAUAACUCUUUAAACUUUAUAACUUUAAGCAAAGCACAAAUGGAAGUUAAAGGUGUCUUUAUGCUACAGUUCAUUAUGGAACACUAUCACAGUAUUAAUAUAGAUUGAGAUUGAGCCUUUUUUAUACUUAGCUUGUUUUUUUACCAGGAUAAUUCCAGAAUGUCUCUACCCUACAGAUAAAUAUUCUGAUUCAGAAUAUAUUUUGUUUUUAAUGUACUUACUUGCCAUUAUUUUCAAUGGAAUUAAUUUACAAAAUCCAUGUACUUUCGGAUUAGAGCUUUUGACAAAAUCUAAUCUGUUUAUGCCCAGAGCCAAUCAGGCUCAGCUUGGUGUCCAGGAUUUGCACCAAAUAACAUUUCAUGUGUUUGGUAGGCCUUCCAUGGAAAUGAUGAUGCGGGCAGAUUGAAGUGUCAGCUUUUUAUGUACCAGAUCCCCAGAUCGAUCUUUAAUGGUUACAUUUCUUCAGUAAUGUGACAUACAUCACAUCCCAUGCUGACAGAGAGAAAUGUUGUCUUCUCAAACAGUAUUAAGAUAUAGUAUUUGCCUAAUGAUUGAAUGACAAAGAUUACUGACACCAGGAAUUAUUUGUUAAGCUACUAAUGAACUCUAUUGGUUCAAACAGUUCUAGUUUUUAGAUGUAUUUUGUUGAGAUAUACUAAGACAAAAAUGAAAGCUAUAUAAGUUCAAAAUGUGUAAGGAAUUGCAGCAUUUGAUCUCACAUCUUUGCCUUUCUGCAAAAGGACCAAACUACAUUCUUAGGGGAUUAUGUCAACCGAAUAGCACAUAUAUAAAUACCUCCUGAUUUUUAAAACAUUUAUAAAAUAAAAGCAAGCAAUAUAUUUUUUCACCAUAAUGAUUGAAAUCUGUUUUUCUUCCUAAGCAGUUAAUUACAAAAUACCUAUAUUGCUAAUGCCUUGUUAUUAUCCAAGCACAUUGAGAGAGCAAAUAAAUUUUUAAAACCCAAAUUAUAGUUUGAAUAGGAUUCAGACUCUGCCCCUUAUGGCAUACAACUGCACAAAAUUGAAGGGGUGAUACAUACAGUAACAAUUGACUCUAUGAAACAGGUAUAUUUAACUUGUGCAACCUGUCAUAUAUGACCUGCAAAUGGAUGAAUAAACUGUACAGUAGGUAUAGGCAGUAUAUUAUUGUGGUUUUAUUUUUUAAUACUCCUCUAUUGUAAAGCAGAGUUUUCAAAUAUUCUCGUAAUUAGAACUAAAUACAAUCCAGUCGUAAGAUAAAGCAUGAUGCUCUUAUACAGGUUGGAUGCGUUGUUUUCUGCAUGAAGAACAGUGCCUGCCCACCCUUUCUGUAGAUAAUGUAGCUUAUCUUGGUGUAAUUUCAGUGAAAUUGUGUAUACGGUAUUAAUAGUUGGUAUUUUAUUUUAAUUUAAUUUAACUUCAACUCUGCUGGAAUAUAAAUUUAUAGUAAUAUGUUUGAAAAUAGAUUGGAUUAAGUUGGCUGGCUUUGGUAUUAUAUUGGUAUUUCCAUUUCCAUGUUUAACAGCAAAAUUUCCAUAAUCUGCUAAGCACUGCUACAUGGUGGUGUAAGCAGUAUAAUUGUGUUUAAAUAAUUGCUAUAACCCUCAUGUUCCAGCCAGGUCAUUUGUAAAUAUGUUAGAGUACUUGUCUUUAUAUAUCUAAACAAGCAGCAUGCAUGUGAGGGUAUGCGUGCAAAUCCCUGGCACUUAGUGAAUGUGAGUGACUGUCUGAUGUUGCGCUGUGAUUGCAAUAGCACUGCUACUUUAAUGAAUAAAUAUAAGCACAGUAUUAUAUUGAGUUGAUUAUGUAUUUUUCUGUAUACAUGAUAGAUUGGAGAUAUAAAGAUAGAUGUUAAUAAAUUAUUGCAACUAUCAACAUUUUGAUCCCUUGUAAAAAAAAAUUAUCUUUUAUUUUGAAUGCUAUGUUUACCUUUUGAAACUGCAGUCUCAGCUUUUGCUUCUCAAUCAGGACAUUGUGGUGAUCUAACCCUUCAGGAUUCCUCAAGUGUUCAUUUUUCACUUCUUCACUGACCAUAGUAAUAAAUCCAAUUCAAGGCAAAAUGAGAAAAGACAGACUUCUUUUUGAAGCAUAUUCUUUUACUUGUUCAUAUUCCAGUGUUAAUAGAUCAUGUGAAGAUAAAUGAUUGAGAUAAAAAUAUGGUAUAAAAUAUGCUUUCUUAGAGACUGUUAUUUGAAAAAAAGGAGUUGUUAUAUAAAGUUGAAAUCAGAUAAAUUCAGGAAAAGAAGCAAAAGGUCCCCAAAUGUCACUUAUGAAAAUUUUGUGUGAACCAAGCUGGACAAACAUACGUUAAUAGAUCUCAUAUUAGUUAUAAAUCCCAGCACAAAGCUAGUUCUACUGCAUUGCAGUUGCAUGCAAGAUUCAUUUCAUGCUUUAUAUAUUAUAAUAUGUAAAUUUAAAUAUAAUUCAUGAUAACCCUGAAUCAAAUUAGUUACUACCUGUCUUAAAUUCUCUAGAGCAAUGUUUCCAACCUCAGAAACUUGAGAUGUGUAGACUUCAAUUCCUCGAAUUCCUGGGUGGGAGAUUGUGGGAGUUGAAAGCCACAUAUCUUAGAAGUUACUAAGAUUAGAAAGCAAGGCUGAAGAACUAGGUUGUAACUAUUCCUCUUUCUUAAUAGAACAAGGAACAGUUUUAUAGUUGUAAACUGAACCUAGUUAUUGCCCAAACAUAGUUAUAUUAUUUUGCUUCUGUAGGCCUUGAAUGCAUGGAUACCAUAUAAUUAUGCAUAGAAAGGGGAGAUCCACUCAAUUCCAAGCUCUGCAGAUAUAUCCAGCUAGGGGAAUUAUUGUGGUUAUGAUCUCUUGAGAUCAUGGAUCUUGUGUACAUGACAUCUUAGACUGCAUUGUUAGUUGAUCACCCUACAUACAAAAGAAAGCACAAACCUGGCUUUGACUGUAAUUAAAAAUAUUCCUCUGAAAAAUGAAAUGGUGUAUUGUAUAUCAAUGCCAUUUUGUGUAAAAUCUAAUACAUGGAAAUGCUAAAUCUAUUAAUGUUGAUUACUUUAUUACAGUAGCAAUGACUUGUUUACUAUGCAUUUUUCAUAGUUCUUAUCUCCUUUAUCUAUAGCAAUUAUUUUCUUUUCCUGUGUGAACUGAUUUCUGUAACUUGUAUAUAAAACUGGACAUUCUUUAUAUACUGGAAAUAAUCAGCAAAGACAAUAUUUCACUAAAUGUUGGAUUUUUUUAUGUACAUAUCAUCAAUAAAUGUGAAUUCAUAAUUUUCAUGGGUAGAAUCAAUGUGAGUAUAUCUAUUUACUUGCAAGCUCUAGAGAGAAUAUGUGAUGGAAGGAUGUAUGAAGACUUAUAGUCCAGUAACAAAUGUUUGAUAUAUGUAUGCUAAUUUGCCAAUGAUUGACAUAUUAAACCAACAGAGCUACUUUCACAUGUUAGAUUUGCAGUUCUCCAGAUUUCUGUUCAUCCAUGUACUUUUAUAAACAAUGAAGUUUCUCUUU